UGCGGUGUGGGAAGAGAAUGGAAGGGCCUACCAGAAGGUUUUAUGGUUCGGUUUUUGGUGGCGAAGGUGACGAUUUUCGAGAGGGUUGUAGGGGGCAUUAUGUUGGGUAUGGGUAAGUUUUAAUAGGCAAAAAGAGAGCGAGCGGAAUGAAUGCUAAAUCAAACUCCUUCUAACGUGAAUGGACGGAGAAGAAUGCGUACGACGCGAAUGUCUGUACCGCAAGCGACAGAAAAUUGCUCGAUGCGUGCGAGAGUUGAGCGAAACAAUGAGUGAAUCAAACCGAUAAAAUGAAAUUUAAGACAAAAAAGAAAGGUGAAACAAACCUAACGCAAAAACAAACACGUAACGAAACAUGCGUAACAAACCAAAAUAAGAAAACAAAACAAAAAAGAACUACAAGCAAACAAACAAGAAUGAGGGAAAAAUCAUGAAUCGUAAAGAAAGUACAAUGAACUGUGUAUUAACUGUUAAAUGUUAGCGAAGAAAACAAACAAAAACAAAAAACAAAAGAAUGCAAACGUGUAAAACGUGUGUCUGCUAAGCUAUGAUCGUAGUCUAACGGCUGGUAAAUGUAAAACGUAAAAACCGCAUUGAAUGAACAAGUUAGCAAAUUGGCAAAAGGUGAGCGAAUGCGAUGGAGUAAGAGGGACGGAAAUGGAAAACACAUAACAAAGUUAGAUAAGCGGGAUAGGGAGUUUUCGGCACGCAUUAACAGAAACGGUAGCAAACGGCGUCAUAGCGGAAAAGCAUAACAAAAACAGAGAAAAACACGUAUAUAGCGAAGAAAGAAGAUAUAAUACAUAGCUGCAUAUAGGAACCGAUAUAAUUUUGUGACAAGCGAGACGACACAGCCUCCCCUCUUAGCGGGCGAAUGUGGCGCGCAUGUAUUAAAAAGAAAAUCCAUCUCACGAUCGCAUAUUAUCUUGCCUUGGUUCCAAACCAUCCAAGAUUAUCAGUCUAAUGAUUUUUGCGAUAGUUUGUCAAGCAUUUACGAAGCAAUGUUUAAAUCCACGGAUAGCCCAGAAGCAGUACAAUGUAUUAUUGUUUUCAAGCAUUUUCUCGAAAAGAGCGGAACGGAGGAUUAGAUUGAACUUCUGUUAACAAGUUACACUGUAUUCCUUUCACAGAGUCAGCGGAAUGAAAUUUGUAUGACGAGUAAAUGGGCACUAUUUACAGGACAAGCUCGUAGACAUGUAACACAGACUCAGAGUCCCGUUUUAGAUAUAGGAACACUUUGGAACCUGCAUAGGAAGCGAUCCUGUCGUGCGCUCCACCAGCAACCGGACCGAUUAGCUGAUGGAGCAUUUUGAACGUCGUCGAAGAGGAAAUGGAAUGAGACUGAAAGUUUUUGAACGAAACACACGUGCGAUUGAAAGGAAAAUGAAAAUAAAAAAAAAACCCUAGAUAUAGUUUAGCAAUGCAAGGGGAAGCGGACAGGGCAGUGCAAAGUGAACGGUAUAGAAUACAGCGUAAAUCCAAAGCGAAACAAUCUCAUCCCCUAAUCACACCGAUACACAAGCACACAAAAUCUUCAUCUCAAUAGCAAAAGACGGUAAUAGAUCGGACCGAAAACGAAACAUAACACGGCGAGAGGUCGGUACUACACCGUCAUACCGGCUAUCUGAUGCAAAAAAACAUGAAUUAAUCCUUCCGAAAAGGCACGUGGUACGGGUUACGGUUUGAGAGCUUUGUUGCAGUUUAGAGUCCAGUAGAAGGAGACGGAUGAUUGGAAUAGUGUAUUUAGGCGUAGCACCGGUGUGGAUCUAUCUCAAUUCCGCUACACCCGCUAAGUCCACUGCGAGGCAGCAAAACGUAAGCACAGUACAAAGUCUUUUUUCGCGUAGCGCAAGAAUGUAAGGAUCACCACAUCCAAUGGACAGCAGAAUCCCAAAGGUGUGUUUCGUGAUAACACAUAGCGGAACUUGAAACGGAAACUUGAAUACCUGACAAAAGUAGGAACACAUAACCACAUAGUCCUUCUGUCUCUUCAUAACCCUCAACACACAUAAAACACAAAGAUAUAGAGAGCUAAGGAAGGGAAAAGAGAGCAAAGGAUCGGUUUUAGUUGAACCUCGUUUCAGUUUUCACCCCGAUCACGAAUCACGUGUAUGUUUCUCGUAUCUUAAUGGUGUUAGCGAGGAAUCGGAAAUCGGCAGCAAAAGUGGUGUACCAAUAUAACGAUAUAACAAUGCAGUUGCAAUUUAAAACAAUAAUAUAACGGUGUCACUACAUUGCAUCCGAAAGAAUGCUAUCAAUCCACGUUGUCCAGCAGCGCGAAAUCGCUCUCAAGCAUCUCAAGCCACUAAAACCACACACCCACGCACAUACACAGACGUGAAUGUGCAGCUAGGAUAGGAUAUCUUUGAGUACUAGAUGGAUACCAAAUGUAUUUCCCAAUCAAGUUUCACGAAAUAUUCGAUCUUUAGUUGCGUACACCGGUAUUACCCGAAGACAGAAUAGACGAGAGUAAAUCAAAGUAAACAACUGGUAAAAUAGAUCUUUCUUUAAGAAGGCCAUUAGCCCAUUUGUACCUGGUUUCAAUAUGCAAUGGGCAACAGUGGCAAUAGAAGCUGGCUAACCAGAUAAAGGAGCAGCAGCUACUUCUGGCAACACGAAGCGAAGAACCAAAAGAUAAAAAAAAAAACAUAAUUUACAGUUUGACGCAUUGCAAUGCAGCAUAAUUAUAGUUCAUCCAAAGAGAAGUACCACUAUGCUAAGUUCUACAAUCCAUACCGAAUCGUGAAAUGUAUGAACGAACUUAUCCCCUAUCUAAAGUAACGCACCUCGCUCGCGAAUCGAGGAUCGAAUGUAUGUAAAAAGAAAACGGAAACGGUCGGCAGCUUCCAUCGGGAGGAACGUAGCAGAUAAAAAUCGGUAAAGGAAUAAAUAUAUAUAUAUAUUUUAGAAUGGAAAAGAAUCGAGCGUACGCAGGUAACUCUCUGGCGUGUAAUAUGAGAGUGCAAGCGUAGCGAUUUGUGAACGGGUCCCGGCGAAUCGAUGUGAUGUGUAUCGAAAGCGGAUUUCUUGUUACAACCAAACCAAUCCCAAGAGAACCCGAAAUACCCUCCCCAUUCCCAUCAACGGCUACAACAAUAUAAGAUGAA